UCGCUCUCAAUCAGAUCAUUGCUGUACGUGGUGAAGCUGGUGAACAUAGCAAAGCGUGACAGAUAUCCAAAAUGCACAGGAGGAUAGCACGAGUCUUGGCAAAUCUAGGCUGUAAAGAAGAUCAGGUGGCUCCCGAUAAGCCCAUGCUUCUACAAUCAGUUGAUGAAAAUGCUGACGAGCAGAAUGACACCGAAACGGAAGAUGACCCAAGGAUCUUUCAAGAAGAUCUAGAACGCAUAAAACCAAGCAAGCAACGGUCCAACCAUCGUCUAUUGUGGCUGGCCAUCGUCACGUGUUUAAUUUUGAUGGUUUCCCUUCUCGUGGGUCUGCUGAUAAUGUCCGAGAAAAUUAAUCGCAGGUGUGGAUGCUCUGAACAAAAUGGGGUCCGACACCAUAAAAAUCCACCGACUGGGAAGGAUUUCCUAAGGGAGAAUGAGACAAGUAUUUCUGAUUCGCUUGAAUAUCUCAGCUCUACUAUGGUCAAAGUGGAGGCCGCAGUGGAUGAAUCAAAGAAUGACAUCGCCAAAUUGAACAGAAUGACAACAACGGUUGAAAACCUCAACUCUGCUAUGAACGAGGUGAAGGUUGCAUUGGAUGGAACAAAGAGGGACCUUGCUAAUCUUAAAGAAACUGUUACAACGGUGAAGUGCGCGUCAGAUAGAACCAGUAAUGAACUCGCGGUACUGAACUGUACCAUGACAAAGCUUAACAAAGCCAAUCAAAGUAACUUACGCAUAUCGUGCCAGAACGAGACCUGGAACGCAGGGCAUGAUGAGUGCAAACACGAAUCACGUUCUGCAACCAAUUUCAGUGGAAAAUCUUCUAAGGAAACACCCCCAGCCGCUAAAAGUUGCAAGGAACUGUACAACAGAAAUGGAUCUGACGGUAACAAGAAAUACCCGUUGAAGCUUGGUAAAAGGAUCCAUCCUGUUUACUGUCACAUGACAGCUCUUAAUGGAUGUGGGGGUGGUGGUUGGACUCUGGUCAUGAAGAUGGAUUGUUCCAAGAACACCUUUCAUUAUAAUCAAUUAAUUUGGAGCAACAAGCUGAAAUACAACCCUUUUUCUGGGAUGACUGGGUUUGACAGACGAGAGACCAUGUUGCCAACUUACUGGGAAACUGAGUUCACCAGGAUCUGUCUCGGUAUGAAGAACGGCAAAGAAACCAACUUCAUCGCCAUCAAUAUAACGGCUUCCUCCCUGUUCUCUCUGAUCGCUGAUGGGAAAUACCACCCAACCUCUUUGGGCCGAGACAAAUGGAAGUCGCUACUCCGCUCAAACGCCUCACUACAAUCAAACUGCACCCGGGAAGGAUUCAACGCAUUUUGUGCGGGUGGUGCCUUUAAAUCCAGGGCUAGAAUCGGUAUCAUUGCUAGCCAAGAAAAUCAUUGUCACAGCUGUGAUUCCAGCAUCGGUUUUGGCACAGGAGGUCAUCGUGGUCACUCGAACGCCUGUGGAAUCGUGGCACUGGGUAAAUCGGCAGAAGAUGAUGGGCACAAAAACAUCAAGACCAUGGGAUUCAUUCUCGUUCAAUAAUGUAGUAGUAAUAGCCCCUAGCUGGUUUUUUUUUAAGUAAACUCUCGGGUAUUUUUUCUUAGACAAAAUGUGUUCUUAGAAACGAACAGUUUAUGAAAAGCAAGGCUCAAUUUAAGGUGGUAGAGGAUAGUGUCCGCAGACAACUACCCAAGCAUGUUUUUUUUUUUUAUCUUCAACAGCUUCGCUGCACGUACUUAGACAAAUUAAAUUGCAUGCACGUGAUAAAAUUUGAUGAAUCAUAAAAUGUGAUAACUUAAGAAAUUUUCAAUUGUCGUUGAGUCCUAAUUUUGUAUAACGCCAUGUAGAAAAUUGAGUCGGCGGUACUCGGAGUAAUUUACCAAAUUAAACCAAGAGCAUUUGAAAUUUGACUGGGUGUAAUUUUUCGAGGUUAUCAUGGACUACGAGCAGUACCGCCUUUUUGGUUAAGUCCUUUACGUGAAUAGAAGAACAUCAGUGAAAAAAAAAAUCGUUGUUAGUCUGCCUGGCAGAACUCUGGAGCUGAGGCCUGAGGCGCUCAAAAAGUAGAAAAGAAAAGUCAUUGAAAGAUAUCCUGGUUAGAGAUAAACUUUGAAGGGAGAAUAUUUUAAAUCGCUUUCAAAUGGCAUGAGUCGUGCAGGCCCGUCAACACUUUUAAACUACCUCUAUUUUUGUGCGCCUCAUCCCCACAGUUCCAAGAGUAAACUUUUAUAAAGUUGUAAAGUAUUGUAGUAAAAAAACAAUGUGGUUUAAAAUGCAGAGGGGUCGGAAUAAACAGCUCUUGUCAAUGCCAAAAUUAUGAAGAAAGGAGGACUUGGUUAGAACAGUGUUUGUACACUGAUCAAUUGACCGGCAGAGACUGGGCGGAACAUCAGUAGAGUAGAUACAUGUGUAUCUAAUGUGCACAGGAGAUUAUAAACUGAGAAGUUUGCAAUCUUUUUACGCGCGUCAAAUAUAUUUUUGUGCAAAACCUCGCCACUUCGCUCUGCGUACCUAGUGCAAUAUAUAUACCAACCCCUCCCGAGUCUA